CACCGGGAGGAGCUGCGCAGGCGACGCGAGGCCGCGGCGGAAAGCGAGGGCCGCCGUUGUGCUGGACGGAGGUGGCGCGAAGGAGAGAAACCCAAGCCCGCAGGAAGGAAGGAAGGAAGGGCCGGCGGCAGUUGAGAUAACGGGGACCAAGACUAUUAUGGAAGACUCUGAGUGGGAUCUUUUUAACCAGAGUGAAGCCAUUCUGCCUGAACUGCAUCAUAAUCAGAUGACUACAAGGAACGUGCUCCAAGAUCUGAGAACCUUGGUGGCUUUAAAUGACCCUGAGGAUCGAAUACUGUUUCAGACUCCAGAUGGAUCUAAACAACUCAGAGGGCUGGAAAACAUAGUUGGCUAAAGGAAGGCUGAAGCAAGGGACGGCAGAUUGCAAAGAACAACAAAGUGUGAAAGCCAAGUACUCAAGAUGGGAGAGGAACGUGCGGGUGAACCCCUGCUUGGUGUAGUGGCUGGUGAGGAUGCAGAUUAUGAGGGUGUUCUUCCCACGGAUACAGUUUCCCUGAGCGAUUCAGAUUCGGAGGACUUUGCGUUUCCAGGUGAUCCUGAAGUUGAUACCAUAUCUCCUGAAGAACCCUCCCCUUUGGAUGAUGCGGAUGGUGGAGGAGAUGACAACAGUGUCCCCUUCCGUCAAAAGUCACAGGUUCAACCUUUUCACCUGAAAGGGAUGAGUUCCAGCUUCUCACAGCGAAGCCAGAGCAUUUUCGAUUGUCUGGAAGGUGCUGCAAAACAGGCUGUGCCCUCAAUGGCUGAAGACAAUGUAAUUGAUGGCAGGUUUAAGCGCCCACUCCCCCCUCCCACCUUUCCGAACAAGAUGUUGACAGAAAGUCUUGGAAGGCAAAAUAAGCCACCACCAGCCAAGAAAAGUGCGCCAGCAGUUCCUGACUAUGUGGCUCACCCAGAAAGAUGGACCAAGUACAGCUUGGAAGAUGUUUCAGAGUCUAGUGACAAGGUCAACCGAUCAGUUGCCAUGGAGUUUCUCGAAGGCUUGAAAAAAACUAAAGGAGAACAAAGCCCCAUCUGUCCUGAAAGCUAUUCCCCAUCUUUCAACCAAGAUUCGUCCAGCUCUGGUGCAGGAAGGAUUGUUUUUACCAAGCCCACAAAGGCAGGCUCACAGAAGUCAGAAAGGAAAAGAGCAGCUCCAAGUGAAGAUGACGAAGCUAAAAAUACCGAUGCAAAUGAGGAGCUCAAAGGGAAGCUUCCAGAUAAGACUGACACCCAGGAAGAGGAAGAUAAAGUUGUACCAGGUCCCCUAAAGAGUGGUGGAAAGGAAGUGGGGGAUUGGAAUCCACCAAAAUUGGAAGAGCUGGGUGUUCAGAAAGGAUCUGAGACAGACUCUUCCAAGGCAAGUGGUGAUAGAGUGGUGGUGACUGUGGGGUUCCAUGGCAGCAAGAAAAAGGAUAGGAAGAAUUUCCGACCCAAAGCUAAUCGUGAGGAGGAGGAAGAAGAGGCAUAAACAUCGGAGAAAUUAUUGCAGUGUCUUCCUAAAGAUGUUCCCCGGAAAAUAUUUUUCUCCAUUAUUUGCAUGAGUCCUGCCAACAUUCUUGUUUUAUUUAGCAAACUUGUAACUUUAAAUACUAGGAUGUUGCACUUUUUCCCUCCAAGAAGCCUUUGUCUGCAUUAUAGAAUCAAAACUAGAAGACAUGUUGUGUUGAAGUUGAAGAUUCUAUGUGUGUGGCAAAAUCCAUUAUUUAAGUUAUGGAACAAUUAAAAAAAGAUACCCACUUCAAAUUUGGAUGAGCUGUUGUUUGCUUAACCAUUUAUGCAAAAUCCAUUGACAGAUAUUUCUUGGCUGCAUAUCCUAAACAGCUAAUAGCACCCAUGAUAUAGUACAACUUGAAAAGGCAAUGUCGUAUGGAUGAGGUACAAGAUGUGCCUGUUCGAUUGCUGUGUGAAACAAAGGUUAACUUGUACCUCUGCAUUAUCAGUGAAACUAAAAGCACAGUCUAUGAGAAGCCAUAUGGAGAUACAGAACCAGAAGAUAAUGCUCUGUGAAAAACAGUGUGCUUGUUUUACUAGAACAUGCAAUUUUGACAACAAACUUGGCUUGUGGAUGUCAGGUUCAGAGACGUUGUGAACUCAAAGCUAAAACAUGUAGAUAACAAAUCUGGGACUAUAAUUCAUUGAGCUAUGGAAGAUGGGAAAGAGAGUCUCAGCACUGAAUGACAUAAUUUCCCCUUGCAGUGGUAAUGUUUUCCACCUGCUUAUCCAAGAGUUUAUCUCUUAAGAAUAGUGAUUUCACAUCUGUAUAACUGGAUCUGUUCAGAAAUUAAGGGGUUUGAAAACUAUCUUUUAAACAAAUCCACCAAAAGAUCCUUUUAAUACUUUUCAGUGUCAAUAAAACCUUGAAUUACAAUUA